UGAUCUCCGUUGCAAUCAAAGGACCCACAAUUUUCUUCAAGGGUGUUCCAUGGGUGCUGCUGUCGGGUUGCCAUAGCAUGGCUCCUCAACCCCUAACCGCCGCUAAUUUUCUACUAAUCCCCUUCUGCAGUGCCAUUUAUAGCUCCCCCGCCUCUCUCCUCUCCCUUCGUCACAGUCCAAAACCCCGGCCGAGAGCCUUCUCUCUCCUCUCCUCUCUUCUCUUUCUUCUCUCUCUAGAGCACAGCGAGGACAUGGUGCAACAGCACAGAAUCUACGUCGUGCAGUUCGACAAGGGGGAGCCUGACCAGGAGGAGCUGUCAUGCAAGGCCUCGCCGCCCAAGGGCGGCGGCCGCCGGAUCAUGUACUACUACCAUGACUACGGCACCGGGGGCGGCGCCGGCAAGAACGGCAAGCCGGCCAAGUCCAGGGCGCUCAGCCUGAGCGGCUUCUUCGGCUUGCUCCUCAUCUGCUUCUUCGGCCUCGCCACGCUCCUCGCGGCUCCGGGCGCCUUCUUCUCCUUCGCGCGAACUGGUGGUGGUGCGGCGGCGGCGGCGGCGGCCACGCAGCAGCAGAGCGCGCCGUGCUCUGGGAACGGCAACGACACCCUGUGCUGCGACCGCUCGUCGAGGCGCGCGGACAUGUGCUUCGCGCGCGGCGACCUGCGCAUGCACUCGGCCAGCGCCUCGUUCCAGCUCGUGUCCUCGGCCGGGCGAUCGGCGGCGGAGGAGGAGAGGAUUCGGCCGUACACGCGCAAGUGGGAGGCGCACGUGAUGAAGACCAUCGACGAGGUGCGCUUCCGGCGCGUGUCCCCCGGCGACGCCGCGCGCUGCGACGUGCGGCACGACAUGCCGGCCGUGCUGCUCUCCACGGGCGGGUUCACGGGAAACGUGUACCACGAGUUCAACGACGGCCUCCUCCCCAUGUUCGUGACGGCGGGCCACCUCCGGCGCCGCGUGGUGUUCGUCAUCCUCGAGUACCACGACUGGUGGAUGACCAAGUACGGCGACGUCGUGUCCCGCCUCUCGGCGUUCCCGCCCAUCGACUUCACCGCUGAUCGCCGCGUCCACUGCUUCCCCGAGGUGAUCGCCGGCCUCCGCAUCCACGGCGAGCUCACCGUGGACCCCGCCAGGACCCCCGAGGGCAGGAGCAUCCGCGACUUCCGCCGCCUCCUCGACGACGCCUACCGCCCCCGCAUCAACUACCUGGAGCGCAUGGAGCGCAAGGCCGCCCGCAAGCAACAACGCCGCGCCGGCGCCGGCGCCGCCGCGAAGCUCGCCCUCCCGAGCAAUCACGCGGCGGCUCCGUCUGAGCGGCCGAAGCUGGUGAUCGUGUCGAGGACGGGGUCCCGUGUGAUCGAGAACGAGGAGGAGCUGAAGGCGGUGGCCACAGACGUGGGGUUCGACGUGCGCGUGGUCCGGCCGGAGCGGAGCACGGAGAUGUGCAAGAUAUACCGCGACCUGAACGCGAGCGACGCGAUGGUGGGCGUGCACGGCGCCGCCAUGACGCACUUCCUCUUCAUGCGCCCGGGCAAGGUGUUCAUCCAGGUGGUGCCGCUGGGCACGGACUGGGCGGCGAACGAGUACUACGGCGAGCCGGCGGCGCGGCUCGGGCUGCGGUACGUCGGGUACAAGAUCCUGCCGGAGGAGAGCUCCCUGGCGCGCGAGUACCCCGCGGGCCACCCCGUGCUGACGGACCCCGCCGGCGUGGCGCAGCGCGGCUGGGACGUGACCAAGAAGGUGUACCUGGACCGGCAGAACGUGCGGCUCGACCUGGCCAGGUUCCGGGAGGAGCUGGUCGGCGCCCACCGGUACCUCGCCGCCGGCAAGCGGAAGGGCCGGCCGAAAAGCAAACCCACCGCCGCGAUGUGAUCGAUCGGUCGGUCGAUCAGCAGGCGUCCCUCCCGUAUAGUAGCAGUUGGUUACUCCUAUAGAUGAAAAUUACAGACAUACACCUUUCUUUCUCUCCUCUCCGCUCAGUUCUUGCCAGUUACAGUUACAGCAGCUAACUUCAUACUACCUGACCAUUCCAUUCAUUAGAUUUUUACUACUCAUGUGCUGAUGAUGUGCCCGUGAUCGAUCGAUGCCGGUUAUCAAGCUUGAUGUGAAUACAUACAUACAUACAUACAUACCCAAUAAUGAAGGAUUCAGUUACAA